AUGACAAUUGUUACCCUAAGGAUAACGGGCUGUUGGCCUAAAGAUGAUUUUGAUUUUAAAUGUGUUUGCGAAUUAGGGAUUAAGAUUUUUGGUUUCUUUUAUUCAGGAUUUAUUGAUUUGAUCAUAAUUUUCAAUGGGUUUAACUUGGAAACUUGGUUUGUUGAUGAAUUUUCAGGUGACGAGCUUCUUUCUGACUCAUUCCCGUACAAGGAAAUUGAGAAUGGAAUGCUGUGGGAAGUUGAAGGAAAGUGGGUUGUUCAAGGAGCAGUGGAUGUAGAUAUUGGUGCUAACCCUUCUGCAGAAGGGGGAGGGGAGGAUGAGGGUGUUGAUGAUCAAGCUGUCAAAGUGGUUGAUAUUGUUGACACUUUCAGGCUUCAGGAGCAACCAGCUUUUGACAAAAAGCAAUUCGUGACUUACAUGAAGAGAUACAUAAAGUUGCUGACACCGAAAUUAGAGACAGAGAAGCAAGAGUUGUUUAAGAAACACAUUGAGGGAGCAACUAAGUUCCUUCUCUCAAAGCUGAAAGACCUCCAAUUUUUUGUGGGUGAGAGUAUGCAAGAUGAUGGAAGCCUUGUCUUUGCUUACUACAAAGACGGAGCCACUGAUCCAACCUUUGUCUACUUUGCCUACGGUUUGAAGGAAAUCAAGUGCUGAAUACAUGCAAUACAGUUUACAGUAUAUCAGCUUAAUACAAGAAAUACUGUCUUUAAUCUAGUUUUGUGUUUUCUGGUUUUGGUUAUGUUAAAGAGUUUGAUCUGUAUCCGUUUUUACUUUGGUUGUUUAUGAGAGGAACAUGUGUUUUGGUUAUGACUCAUUGUUCUAUUUGUCCAAUUAAUUGUGCUCUUAAUAGGUUUUAUUUUCUA